GAGAAGCGGACGCUGGCAGUGGGUUGUCAGCUGACGCGCAGCGAGGUCGGAAAUGCCUGGAGGUCGGCUGCCGUGUCAACGCAGGACUCUACGUGUGGCGGGGCUCACUUGCCUGGGCGCCACUAUCGCAGUUGUGUUCGCGCUCUACAUCUCCCUUGGGCGCACGGAGAAGCAAUCCUCCAGUUCGUUGAAACUCGUGUCUAUUAUUUUCCGCCAUGGAGACCGCACACCAACGGACACUUAUCCAGAGGAUCCUUACAAUGACGAUAAGUACUGGCCCGAAGGCUGGGGUGCCCUGACAAAUAAAGGGAAAGUGGAGAUGUUUACACUUGGAAAAUUCUUACGGCAACGAUACAAUGGGUUUCUGAGUGAAACGUAUUAUCCGCAAGAAGUGCACGUCAGGAGCAGCGACAACGAUCGCUGUUUAAUGAGUGCGGAGACUUGCUUGGCAGGCCUGUACCCUCCAAAGGGCGAUCAAGUCUGGAACACUGAGCUGCUAUGGCAGCCCAUACCAAUCCACGCGACGCCCAGGAAUCUCGAUGCGUUGAUUGUAAUGAAGAAGCCAUGCCCCAGAUACGAGAAAGAACUUCAGCAGAUGUAUAACUCACCAGAAAUACAAAAAAUUAAUGAAGAAAACUCUGAGCUGUAUAAAUAUUUGUCUAAACACACAGGAAAAUCCAUUCAGAGCAUCCUGGAUGUUGAAUAUCUGUACAAUACUCUGGAAAUUGAGGAAAAACGUAAACUGCAGCUUCCUGCUUGGACUGCUGGUUAUUAUCCAGAUAAAUUAAGGACACUGGCUGCCAGAAGUUUGGCUUUGUUUUCCGAAAGUCAGACCAUGAAACGUCUUAAUGGAGGUCCUUUAGUGAAACACAUUGUAGAGAAAAUGCAGUCACAAAGUAACACUUCAACAACUGUGUCUCCAAAAUUUCUCAUGUUUUCUGCCCACGAUGUUACCAUUGUGAAUGUUCUCCAAACUAUGGGGUUCACAGAUCUAUUAAAGCCACAGUAUGGUGCAGCAGUUAUCAUUGAACUUCAUUCAACAAAUGACAGUGAUUAUGAAGUUAAGGUGUUGUAUUUGAACAAUGCUUCUGACAGUGAGCCACAUGUUCUCAACACUCCUGGUUGCACAGACAAUUGUCAUCUGCAGCAGUUUGUAGAUCUGAUGAAGCCUGUUUUACCAGUAGACUGGACAGUGGAAUGUCAAAAGUUAGACAGCUAAAUAACAGAUAUUCAGCAAAGUGAUUGAACACUUAUAUUAAUGAUCAAAUAUUUCAUGCCAUAAAUGUGAUCACACUGCCUCAAAAAAAUUGUACCAUAUUCAGAGUGUAUCUGAUAAAUGUGAGAUUGAACUUUGUCACUUCUUUUGUAAAUAAAUAUAAAUUUGUUACAUGUAGAUAAUACAUUUUUAUGGAGAGAGAAGUUUCACUCAUGAUGUAUCUGCAGGAAGUGUGGUCAUCCUUAUUUCAUUGCAAAGCUAUCAGAAUUAUAAACUUAUUUUCUCAUAAUAUACUUUAAAAGUUAAAUCAUAGACUUACAUACAAGUGACUCACCAAUGUUAUUCUAAAGUCAAGUUUCAGUGUAUCGUGAUCAUGCACAGUUCAACUAUAAUACAUUAUUUAAUUUCAUAAGCUACAUGGAAACUGACCACUAUUUAAAAUAAUGUAGGUUUACAUAUUUUAGUUCCUUUUGCUGUAUUCUUGGUCAAGUAACAACAUUAUCAUUCAAUAAUUCCUCUACUGAGUAAUA